UCGAGUUUCAGUUUUAUCCUUCAAACGGGUAAUAUCCACCUGGUUUGACGUGCCACGACCGAGAAGAGAAUGUGGUACGUCGUCCGUAGGUACCACCACGCAGAACCGACACCAGCAGAUUCCGCAAGCAGCAGAACCACUACUACUGCUAGCUAGCAGUCGACGUCGCGAGAUUAUAUCCUACCAGUUGUUGUUAUUGUUAUUAAAGUCGUCUUUAAGUCUACAAAACGCGCAUUAAAAUAGUGUUUAAAGUAAUAAAAAGUGAAACGGCCGCGUGUGGGUGUCAAUUUCCUUAGUUUACCCGAUCUUUAGUACGCUGCAACCGAAAAAACGGUUCUUUUUAGUGUUCUCGCUACCGCAGUGUCGUAAACGCUCGAAAACAUUCCGUACUCGCAUGUUGAAUUAGUGCUAUAGUGUCAACACAGUAGUGUUUUACUUGAUUUGUGUUUGUUCGUACCAAGUAACAGACAUGUAGUCUGCAAAAACUAACAUUUAUUCAGCGACAGCCACAAGGAGAAACCAGAUAUUUUUGGAAUUCGAAUUUAAUUUUACUAAAAGACAUUAGGAUGAAUUUUGGCUGGUUGAUCACCCUCGCUGUUCUAGCGUUCAUCGAAGCCAACAAAACCGCAGAAGAGGCCAAUAAGACUAAAGAAUCCGAACCAAAAUCAAAACAGACACAAACGAACGAAACAGUACCACCGUUUCCCAAGGAAUACAUCCAAGCGGUUGAGAAGAAUCUUCUGUCGUUGUUCGGGUUAAAAAAUCGGCCCGGUAAAAUAGACAUGUCGAAAAUUUUUGUACCCGACGAGUUGGUUAAGCUGUACGAGUUGCAGAGUGGUUUAAAGUUCGUUACGUCGGCCAUACCAAAGCCUGGGGCAUUUUUAACCACGGCUAAUACAGUGAGGAGUUUUUUACAUAUAGAAAGUCCCAUAGACCAGAGGUUCAGAAAAACCAACAAGUUCCGAUUGAAAUUCGAGCCAAACAUCCCCGAGAUCGAAGUUUUCAAACACGCAGAACUAUCCCUAAGGCGAAACGCCAUCAAGAACAACACGAAAAAGAACGCCGUAUCAAAACAACACUCUGCGUACGUCAGGAUACUGGUCGAAGACAUAAUCAAGCCUGGAAUAAAAGGCAAACAUGGCCCGAUAAAAAGACUUAUCGAAAGUAAACAAAUCGACAUCAGAUGCAACGGCAGUCUUAAGCUUGACUUAACUGAAGCAGUUGAAAGAUGGUUGGAUAAUCCCUCUGAAAACCAUGGAGUUAUUGUCACUAUCCUCGGCGCAGCAAGUCACGCAAAGAACCAUGUGAGGUUGAAGCGGGAUUUAAAUGAACCAAAAGACGAUUGGGCAAGGAUUCAGCCAGUUUUAUACACAUUCACAGACGACAAAAAGAACACAGAAGCUAACAUAAAAAAUCUGAAAAAACGAAGAACGAAGAGAGCUUCAAGAAAACACCUGAGAAGAAAAAGCGAGAACGUGCAGUGCAGUCGACACAAGAUGUACGUCAACUUUGGAGACGUAGGUUGGAGUGACUGGAUAGUGGCUCCCCCAGGGUACGACGCGUACUAUUGUUCGGGUGAGUGCAAGUUCCCCCUUGCCGAUCACCUGAACACGACGAAUCACGCCAUUGUGCAGCUGUUGACGAAUUCCGUGAAUCCGGCCAAGGUGCCGAAGCCUUGUUGUGUACCCACGCAGCUGAAUGCGAUAUCGAUGUUGUAUUUGGAUGAUGACAAGAAGGUGGUGUUGAAGAACUACAAGGAGAUGGUCGUUACAGGUUGCGGAUGCCGGUAGUUGAGUUAAAGUGAAAGGGAAGGGAGUGACGUUUGGGUGGGUGAAAGAAUUUGUGCUCCAAAUUUGUGUUUUUUUGUCAGUUAUGUUGUUUUUUACUAAAGGUUAGGAACAAUAUUAUAUUUCACCUUGAGAUUUAAAAACAUCGAUAAAUAUUCUUUGAUGUAUAUUUGGUAUUUUUUUACUCAAUUUUUCAGCAGUUAUUUUUUGAUUUACCUACAUUUUUAUGACUCAAGCGUCAUUCAGAUCGGCAAAAUUAGUGGUUUCAAUUACACUUUACACUUCUUAGGUUACGAUCAUUCACAAUGUUUAAAAGACACGA